GGGCGUUACGACUGUCAAGUGACACACACUCGUCUCCAAGUGCACAUCUGCAAGCCAAGCCAAGCGAUCAGAAGUAACAAAGGUCAAGCUUAGGCGUUCAUCCCCACGUGUACACACAGCUGCUCGUUUCCUGAAGCGGCGACAUUUUUUUUUGCGUCCUUUUAGACAGCCGCACGAGCAUCUUUCGAAAGAGGUGCGGGGGAAGAGGACUCGGCAAGGCGCAAGGAAGGAGCAAGGCGAAGAGAAGCAAAGAGGUGUCUGAGGAAGGGAGCAGGCGAGAAGAGAGCGAGCGGGAUUGAAGGACAACAGGGACGACAGGGAAGACAUACCUAGCAGGGAAAGCGGACGGGAUGGACACGGGCGACCGACAUGCCGAGUUCAAGCAGCGCAUGGCCAAGCAAGCCAAGGUGGCAGCAGAUGCGGCAACUCGCACAUGCGAGCGGAACGGGUACAAGGCCUAUUUUCCGAAUCGAGGCAACGAUUGCAAAGUGGCGACGGGAGACCCAUCGGCGAUGGCUUUGGGCGAUGGCACCGACGGGACUGAGAGCUUGGGCCCGUUUGCGGUCUUUGAGUCUGGCGCGUCGGUGACACUCGAGGGCGACAAGAUCGUCAUUCUGACAAAGUGGGGCUCGCUCCUCUCGAUCCCGUUUGUGCUCGAGUGGCCGUCGCUGGGGGCGCUGGCGGAGCGGCGGGCCAAGCUACCGCGGGCGCCGAUUGCGCACACAGGCAAUGUGGUGAAGAUGAGCAAGGCCAAGCGGCUGAUCGGCGGGGCCAAGUGGCAGAAGCGGCACCUGGUGAUGACCGGGACCAAGUUUGCGUACUUUAGGAGCGAGGGCGAGGUGGCGCAGGGCAUCCGGGCAGCGCGCGGGACGUUCUCGCUCACGCCCGGGAGCUAUGUGGCGAGCGCAGACAGCCGGACGGGGUGCGCAAGGACGCGUUUGCCAAGACCGGGGCCAAUGGGCAAACGACGAUGUGGGCGACGGGCCUCAAGUCGUUUGAUGUGUUUGCGGCGACCAAGGGCGUGGUGGGGCGCGACCACGUGUUUGCGGUCCACGUAUCGGGCAAGCACGACGAGCUGGCGGGCGACCGGACGUACUACUUUCAGGCGCCGACGGCCGAGGAGCGCGACGCAUGGGUUGGGUUCAUUGCUGCCAACAUCGACAUUGCGGCGACCGAAGGUGGGCGCGGGCAAUGGCGGCAGACGUGUUUGGCAAGAUUGUCGGACCGCACAUGGACAAUCCGGACGGUGUGGCGAUGGACGAGCUGCUCGACGAUUUGUACGGGUACAGUGCGGCAGCGGCCGAAGCGACACUCGCCGAGGGCGAUGGAAAGGCGGAAAGAAAGCGCGGCAAGGCGCCGCCUCCGCCGUCGUCCGCAUCGUCGGGCGUGAAUCCGGUGCUCAAGGCAGCCGCGACUCGGGCGGCAGUGGAAGCUGCUCGGGCGGAGCUCGAGGCGUCGUACGAUGCCAACCAGGUGUUUGGGCCUGGGACAGUCAACGAGCUCAACGGGAUGCUGAGCUCGCUGUACGGGCUGGGCUCGCCGACGCCGUCGGCCGGCUCGUCUGCACUUGCGAUCGACUCGAGCUCGCCAGACGAGGGCGGUCUGAUGGUGGCUGGCUCGCCGAUUGCCAUGCCGACGCCGCCGCCGGCGUCGUACCUGGCGGCAUCACAAGAUUUGGUUGGGGAAGACGUGUCGUCUGGGGAUGACGAGGAGGGCGACGAGUAAAAACACACAACACGAGC